AACACUUGAUACUGAAUAAGUGUUCAUACUCAUCUUGUACUUAUUAUUCUAAUUAUUUUUGUUUAAAGGAAUUUCUGAUAGAGCAUCGUGUGGCAGGAAAAGUGGAAUGAUAGAAUAAAGAUAAAAGUGAAGGCAGUCGAAAAGCAUGAAGUCGUCCAGUUGUCUUUUUUCAGCGAUGCUGUGCAGUGUGAUCGCGAUAUCAGUCACCAAAGCAGAUUGCGGGGAUCCACCAAGUAUUCCGAAUGCUACUAACAACGUAACUGGUACCUCGCCUUACCCACAAGAUACCACCAUACGCUAUGAUUGUGAACUCGGAUAUAAUCCAGUGGGAACCAGUCGCUUUUACACUUGCACCGGUACAACAUGGACGGACGGAAACUUUCGGUGUGAACAAAUUUACUGUUCGCAUGUUGAAACACCAGAAAACGGACGAUUAGAGAACACGCCAACAUACGAAGUUGGUACAACUAUUCAAUUUGCUUGUAACGAAGGCCAUGCCAUGUCCGGGCAAAAUAAAAUGCUAUGUCGCAUAGAUGGUGAGUGGUUGCCUUCAACGCCACCGACAUGUACCGCAAGGGAUUGUGGGGAAUUCGGGUCAAUACAAGACGCAGAUUUAUUCCAGGAUAACUCUUAUAUUGAAAGAAAUCACUAUGGUAGUGUCGUAGAGGUCACGUGCCUUGAUGGGACGACUCUCCUAGGACCAUCACAAGUUAAAUGUCAAGCUAAUGGUGAAUGGGGAUUGAAGCCAAAAUGCGAAGACGUGCAGUGUCCACAAUACUCAAAUACAGUUUCGCCGUGUAUUUCAGAGUUUCACACUUUCGGUGUUUAUCUCUUCAUUAAUUGUAAGGAAAAUGUAUCUACACAUUUUGGACCAAAUGCUGCCGAGUGUAUAUCAGGUCAGUGGGAUACCACAGAAAUGGGAUGCUUAUGUGAUUGUAUAAUACCAGAGUUCAACUCUUCCCUUAUAACGUUUUCAACUCUAAACAGCCACGGUAACCUGGCCCAUGCCACGGCAUUGGUAUGGACAUGUCAUACAGGACGGUCCAAAUGUUCCUCUGUGAACGUUAUUUGUAUAGACGGAACGCUCAAAGUAGAAGAAAAUGGAAUGGCCAUAGCAAAUUUUAGUAGCCCAAUCGAAGUAGAUGAGCUCAUUUCAACAUUGUGUAUCAUACCGACAACAGUGACGUCAACAACAAUGUCUACAUCAACAACAAUGUCUACGCCAACAACAAUGCCUACGCCAUUAACGCCAACGCCUUCAAGCAUGUCUACUUCAUCAAUUACAAAAGGCAGUACUUCGUAUACAUCAGACGACGAAUUGACUAAUACCACAAUAAAAUUUUCUGAGGGAAAACUUAAUUCAGGAGCAAUGUGUCUUGGAUAUGCUCAGUGUUUAAAUAUUUUAUAUUUCAUUUCAUAUUUGUUGCUAAAAUGCUGGUAAGAAAGUAUUAUUCUUAUCUGACAAGUACAAAAUAUGACUGAAUCACCACAUCUUUACCUCGUUCUUUACGUAUAAAGAGCCGCAAUUUAUUUGUGCAUAUGUUGACAACAGUUUGGAAAUUUAAAUGUACUCAGUGUCUUAUGCUAGCUUCAAUAAUUCAAGUUUAUUCAGUUUACAUUUUUCAUAAAUACUUGUAAAUUUUUCAUUAAAUAUAUUGAAUUUUGA